AUGUCCGACAAAGUCUACAUCGUUGCGGCUGCUAGAACGCCAAUUGGAUGUUUCCAAGGAAGUUUGGCAUCAAAAACCGCAGUGGAGCUAGGAUCUACGGCUGUUACAGGAGCCUUGGCACAGAUUCCAGAGCUAAAAGCCUCGGAUGUGGAGGAGAUUUUUUUCGGUAACGUUUUGAGUGCAAAUGUGGGCCAGGCACCAGCCAGACAAGUGGCUCUUUCUGCUGGAUUGAGCAAGAGCAUUGUGGCCACCACUGUCAACAAAGUGUGUGCUUCUGGGAUGAAAGCGAUCAUCUGCGGUGCGCAAACGAUUAUGUGUGGCAACGCAGACGUGGUGGUCGCCGGUGGUGCUGAAUCGAUGUCGAACACGCCAUACUACAUGCCAGCUGCGCGUGCAGGAGCCAAGUUUGGCAACAGCACACUGGUGGACGGGAUCCAACGUGACGGGCUCAACGACGCCUACGACCACCAGGCCAUGGGUGUGUUUGCGGAAAAAUGCGCUCGCGAUCACAGCAUUACACGCGAGCAGCAGGACGAGUACGCGAUUGGAUCGUACCAAAAGGCCCAAAAGGCUCAGACCGAGGGCAAAUUCGACCGUGAGAUCGUCCCAGUCACCAUCAAGGGCUUCCGCGGCAAACCAGACACACAGGUGGCCCAAGACGAGGAGCCUGCCAAGCUCAACGUCGAAAGACUAAGAUCUGCACGCACCGUGUUCCAAAAAGAGAACGGUACGGUCACUGCACCCAAUGCCUCGCCUAUCAAUGACGGUGGUGCGGCCGUGGUGCUCAUGUCGGCACGCAAAGUACAGGAAUUGGGCGUCAAGCCACUUGCAGUGAUCCGUGGCUGGGGUGAGGCUGCUCACGAGCCCGCAGACUUCACUUGGGCACCAAGUCUAGCGAUUCCCAAGGCUCUAAAGCACUCAGGAAUCGAACUCAACGACGUGGACUUCUUCGAGUUCAACGAAGCCUUCUCGGUCGUUGGACUUGCCAACCCACAACUGCUAGGCAUCCCGCUCGAGAAGGUCAACGCGUACGGCGGCGCCGUCGCCAUCGGCCACCCACUUGGAUGUUCCGGAGCCAGAAUCGUCGUCACUUUGGUGUCCGUCCUAACCCAGGAAAACGGCAAGAUCGGUGCUGCUGGUAUUUGCAACGGUGGUGGUGGAGCUUCCUCGAUUAUCAUCGAAACUGUCUAA